UUGUUUUCUGUGUUUUUUAGGAUAUUUCUGAUUUAUUGCAUCCUUGAAGAGCAUCAGUAGAAGAGGAAGGGAAAAAAAAAGAUGGGUGUGAAAACAUUUACUCACAGCUCCUCUUCCCACAGCCAGGAAAUGCUGGGAAAACUAAAUAUGCUACGAAAUGAUGGACAUUUUUGUGAUAUCACUAUUCGUGUUCAGGACAAAAUCUUCCGGGCUCAUAAGGUGGUAUUAGCAGCUUGCAGUGAUUUCUUUCGAACAAAACUUGUGGGCCAAGCAGAGGAUGAGAACAAAAACGUGUUGGAUCUGCAUCAUGUUACAGUAACUGGCUUUAUACCUCUUUUAGAAUACGCUUACACAGCCACUCUGUCAAUUAACACAGAAAAUAUUAUUGAUGUUCUAGCCGCAGCCAGCUACAUGCAAAUGUUUAGUGUUGCUAGUACCUGCUCAGAGUUCAUGAAAUCAAGUAUUUUGUGGAAUACACCUAAUAGCCAGCCAGAAAAGGGUUUGGAUGCUGGACAAGAAAAUAGUUCCAACUGCAAUUUUACUUCUCGAGAUGGAAGUAUUUCUCCGGUGUCUUCAGAGUGCAGUGUUGUGGACAGGACCAUUCCUGUCUGCCGAGAAUCCCGAAGAAAACGCAAAAGCUACAUUGUUAUGUCUCCUGAGAGUCCUGUAAAAUGUAGCACACAAACAAGUUCACCCCAGGUAUUGAAUUCUUCAGCUUCCUAUGCAGAAAAUAGAAAUCAGCCAGUUGACUCUUCUUUAGCUUUUCCAUGGACUUUCCCUUUUGGAAUUGAUCGAAGGAUUCAGCCUGAGAAAUCGAAACAGGCAGAAAAUACCCGGACUUUAGAAUUGCCUGGCCCAUCUGAGGCAGGCAGAAGAAUGGCUGACUAUGUGACUUGUGAGAGCACAAAAACUACCUUGCCUCUAGGUACAGAAGAAGAUGUGCAGGUCAAAGUAGAAAGAUUAAGUGAUGAGGAGGUCCAUGAGGAAGUUUCCCAGCCUGUCAGUGCAUCUCAGAGCUCACUGAGUGAUCAGCAGACAGUGCCCGGAAGUGAACCAGUUCAAGAGGACCUCCUGAUUAGUCCACAGUCUUCCUCUAUAGGCUCAGUAGAUGAAGGAGUUACAGAGGGGUUGCCUACACUUCAAAGCACUUCUAGCACCAAUGCUCAUGCAGACGAUGAUGACAGAUUGGAAAAUGUUCAGUAUCCCUACCAACUCUACAUUGCUCCUUCUACCAGCAGUACAGAACGACCAAGUCCAAAUGGUCCAGACAGACCUUUUCAAUGUCCAACCUGUGGGGUUCGAUUCACCCGUGUUCAGAACCUAAAACAGCACAUGCUUAUCCACUCAGGAAUUAAACCAUUUCAGUGUGACCGCUGUGGAAAAAAGUUCACCAGGGCGUACUCGCUAAAGAUGCAUCGCCUAAAGCAUGAAGGUAAACGCUGUUUCCGGUGCCAGAUAUGUAGUGCCACUUUCACUUCCUUCGGGGAAUAUAAACACCAUAUGAGGGUUUCCCGGCACAUUAUCCGCAAGCCUCGGAUUUAUGAGUGCAAAACAUGUGGCGCCAUGUUCACCAACUCUGGAAAUUUAAUCGUGCACCUGAGGAGUCUGAACCAUGAAGCAUCAGAGCUAGCAAACUACUUCCAGAGCAGUGAUUUCUUAGUGCCGGACUACUUAAACCAGGAGCAAGAAGAGACUCUUGUUCAGUAUGAUCUUGGAGAACACACUUUUGAAAGCAACUCUUCUGUUCAAAUGCCUGUGAUCUCACAGGUCUCCUCAACCCAGAAUUGUGAAAGCUCUUUCCCCUUGGGGUCUCUUGGUGGGCUUGCAGAGAAGGAGGAGGAAGUGCAAGAGCAGCCAAAGACCAGUGUUCAUGCCGAGGCUACCCAAGAUGACCCCCCUAAGUCAGAGCUGUCUUCUAUAACUAUCGAGUAAUUUUGUGAUUUGGCCUCAGUUUUGGUUUUUGGAAAGUGCCUGUGCUUGGUCUUAACGUUUAAAUUUAAUUUUUUAAACAAAGAAGGGUUCCCUUUGUAAGCCCUGUAAUUGGAGGGUUGCUUUGUUUUUUUCAUAGCUGAGAAAUUGCUUCUGUAUGUAUACAAUAAGGUAACAUUGAAGCAGAACAUAGACUCCAGAAUUAAGGAAAAGCAACUGAUUUCAAAUGGUGGUUCUUCCUCCCAUUGUUAAAAGUGGUCAGUAGCAGAUACAGAAGAAACUAGGUUAUUGACCUUCCUGAGAUGAGAGGGCUCAUGGGAAGUUACUAAACAGAAUUUGACAAUGCCUAAGUAAAUGUUUACUCCUAGGUGCAGGGUGUUAUAAACCCUGUAGUUUUGGAAGUAUUUAUGGUAAUUUUUUUUCCAAAUGAAGGCAAAUAACUUUUGAAAUCCAGCAUAUUCUUUUUUUAAGCCAUUGUGGAUUUUCAUGGUGAAAAAUUGGUAUUGGCAGGCUUUUCCUGUACCUUUAUAGUACCACUCCAGAGGCUAAGCAGUGUGAUUGAGAGGAGUCAGGCUGUGCAUGGAAUGGCCAGGGUGCAGAAUGAGGUAUGUAUACCCCAGCUUUAUAGGAAUUGUUUUAAUAAUGUUUUUCUUACUAGAAUGAAUGUUUACCUGGCCUUUGGAUACUGAUACCUGGCUAACUAGGACAUUGCCCAGAUAAGUGUCCUCUUGUCCCAUCAACAGUACUUUUCACUUGCAUAUACUAUUGUGCUGCCAUAUAAAAGAAAAAUAUUGAAGAUAUUCUAUAUUUUAUAUAUAGGUUUAUGUAUUGUUGGGGAUGUUUAUGCUGUGCUGUUUUGGACAAAAUAAAAGAAUUCUGUUUUAAGGCUACAUUCUUAACCCAAUUAAGAUUGUUUACAAGAUCACAUAUGACAACAAUACAUUGUCCUUAUUCUAACAUAUUUUGAGGUAUCGCCAAGUUUGUUAAAAGCAGUUAUAGUUUUCACAGGAUGUAAGCAAUAAUGUGGAAGAUAAGAAGUUGUAAAAUGAUCAUCUGUGACUCAGAAAUUGAGGGGGGUUGUUAAGACUAAAAACUAAAAACUUUCACUAGGCUACUUGUGAUGAAAUUUAUAUGAUACUCUAGAUUGGGAUAUACAUUUUUUCUGGUGCCAUUAAAGCCUCUUUGAUCUGAAAUAUUCAUGAGUUCAUGAAUAAUGAACUUUUGAGUAAUUUUUCUAUAUAGAAAAUCACCCCGAGGUUCAUCAUUAUGAUAGCUCCUGAUAGGGUUAGAAAAUAGAAACGCUGUUGGUUUUUGUCUUUGGAUACUUUCUUUUGACAGGAUCAUAUGCAACCCAGGCUGGCCCAGAACUCAUGAACUCAUGAUCCUGCCCCUCAGCUCCCCACAGCCCUUGCUAAUAGUAUAUUUUAUAGACUCCAGAUCAGACUGCAGUUCCUUUAGUCAGACACAUGAUCUGCAUUUUAUUCCAAUGCCAGACCUUACUUUUUACAUUAUAGUAAAUUGUUUCUUUAAAAAUUUAUUAAUUCUGUAAUUUAAUCUCUCUCUUUCUCUGUCUGUCUUUGUCCAUGUUCUGCUACCUUACUUCUACUUUUUUCUUGUUAAUACUAAGAUGUGAACCGGGACCUUAUACAUUAUGAGCAUAUGAUCCUUCACUGAGAUACAACCCUAGCCUUUAUUUUCACUUUUUCAUCUGACUCAUGAGCUUAUUUGCUCCCAAGCAUAGGUGUAUGACUUUCAAAAAAUCAACUAGAAAAGUCACGAUUUUUAUUUUACUGUCAUAUAUGAUUUUUUAAAGUUGUGCCUACUAAUAAAUAAAUUCUAAAAUUCAUAUUAGAAUCUUCUUUAAGUAUGGUAAAAACUAGGCUAAAUUAUGAUGGGGAAUUAUGUUAUUUGGUUCCAAGUUUUGUUAAGAGUCAGAAAAAAAGAAAAGGAAGAAAGAAAGUAAUCAGAGAUGAACUGUUAAAAGAAUUCUUUAUGGAUUUCUUGUUUGAAAGUGUUUCAGUCUAACCUGAGAAUUCUUAAGUUAGGACAUCCCUGGCAGCCCCCUGUGAAGGACACUCUUAGCUCUGGAUUUUCAUUGUAGCCAACCUUUAUGAGAGAUUUGAAUAUACCUUGAAAAUACAUAUGGUUAGUUGCCUACUGCCCAAAUCUUUUUUUUUUUUUUAUAAAGGUGCCUGACUAGUGUUUAACAUAAAAUGAUACAAAGGCCUUUUUCUUUUCCAAUGAGAUUCCACAUUUUUGAGGACAUUUUGUUUAUGAGUUUGGUAUAGGAAACACAACUGCAAGAAAUAACUAACUGUAUAUAUAGUAACAUUUAAGGUUUAUUAAAGUUGAUUUAAGAGAGGAAUGCCGAGAUGUAUACUUUUCACCAGAAUAUAUGGAAAACAUUGUGAAGAGAUGAAAGCCAGUCAAAUGAACCCUUCUGUAGAAACUACCAGGGUCACUAAACAGAAAAGCAUUCUUGUUUAGAAUAUUUAAGGGUAACUAUCUUUUGUAAGGCCUAAGAAGGUAACUUUGUGAUACUUAAAGGCCUUAAGUUUUGGAAUGCAGAAUAAAUUACUUUUAAAAAUAGUUAAGCAUUUUAUACAAGAAAAGCUUUUGUUUUCAUUUUUUUCCCAACUACCAAAUAGAUAGGAUAUUCUUUAGAAGUAAGGUUUUUGCCAUGAUGUUAGGUCUAGUUUCUCUUGUCACACUUUGCAUUUCCAAAUUCUAGCCUUGGGAGCAUCAUGCCAGUUUUUUUCCUAAUGCAAAGACAAAGUUAACAGUAGCUUUUACUUUCUGUAUUUAAAUUUUUCAAGAAAUGGAUGUAGACAAAUGUUGAUAUCCACAAAUGGGUUUCAAUGAAUUUCUCUUAAUUGGCCAUUUUAAAUAAUCCCAAUUUUUAUUUCAAGUAACUACAGUUCAUUGUAUUACUAGGUUUUGUUUUGAAUUUUUUUGGGGGUGAGUGGGGUGGGGUUUCUGUUUCUGUUUUUGUUUUAGUGUUUGGUUUUAGGUUCACAGUUUUGUUUAAACAAAAUGAAUUAAAAUGUUCAAAUGGUUCAUUUCUGUCUUAUGUUUGAACAUUCUAACUCCCUUAAAUAGGUUCCAUGUUAAGGUACAUGCCCUGUGUUAUUAAAGACCAACAAACAAAAAAUACUUGUAUUUUGUUAAAAUGUUUUAGGAAAUAGAGUGAAGUGGUCGAUGGCCUCUGAUGUGCUGAGUUAUUAGUAACCCAGUUACUGUCUAAACUGCUGAGCCAGGCUCUCCUGUUCUAGAAGCUGAUCAUGUUCUUUUGGAAGCUAUAUUAAGUCUUUCAUUCCUUUAAAGAAACAAAAAACAAACCACCUAUUGUUUUAUUCUCUCAAUCUAACAGGAACCACUUAGGCAAUUAGUGACUUCUGUGUAGAUUUUCAGACUGUGAUUUAGUCUGUUAGCUUUGAAUUCCCUAUAAGGUACAUUACCAUACAGUGUUAUGGUAGAUGGGAAUACUUUACUAGUAUCACAGACAAUUGUUUCUUACCAUCAUGAAUGAACAGUCCUGAUAUUUUACUGAAGAGAUUUUGAUUUGAGAAAGUAAUAAACAGGCAGAUUGGAAACUUCCAUUGGUACUGCAUCACUCAUCUGCCAAAAAGGGCCGUAAAACUCUAAAGUAUACAUCUAAGUGAAGGAAUGAUUUUUGAGUUCUUAACUAGAGGUGGAGGAAGGAGUUAGGAAAGCCCAAAUACAGACCAAGCAGCCCAAAGGUGGGGAAGGAAAAUGGGUUUUCACGGUAAGUUGUUGACAUCAGAUGGUUUUUUAUAUUUUGAUAGUUACUAAGAGAAUGUGUAGAAGCCAAAAGGCAGUGGAACAAAGUUGAAGAAGCAGAGAGACUGAAUCAUGGUAAACAUGACUAUGGAAUAUUUAUAACUAAACAUGGGUUUUAAAUAAGAUCAUCAAAAUUAAGAUUCCUUAUUUUUGCUUAUACUAGUAUUUAUCUCAGUGUCAUUUUUUGACAGAAUGUGAUGACAUGGAAUAUUUUUAUUUGAAAAAUACUCAACAAAUUUGCCAAAAUGGUAAUGGUUCAGAUAAACAGGGAAGUGGAACUGAGCCAGCCCUCAUUCAGACUGGAAAUAGUCUAGGGGUAUCCCAUUCUGGAUUAUACAUAGAUUAAGAUUUUUGCUGUGACUCAGAAGAGUUGAACUGUGUUGAACAGGGAAUCGUUCCAGCUCCACCAGGAGUUACACUUUUUAUUUAUUAAUUUAUACUAAGGUGAUAAGUUAGAUAUUUCCCCUAUAUCAUGAUUCUAUUUUUGGAAAUAGUCACUGUAGUAAUUUCAGACAGUGCGCUGGAACCUUGGCUUUGGCAGUGUCUGAGCAGCGAUGCUGCUUUUUCACUUUUCUUCUGCGACCUCAAUAGUGCUUCCUCUGAGGUAAGAUCCAGGCCAGUGCCAGCAGGCACCAGGCUUCUUGUGCACAAAACAGUCUACAAAGAACUUAGUUCAGAUCAUGGUUGAAAACAUUAAAAUUAAUGUUUUUGUUAAUUAAAAAUUAAAAUACAGUUAAACGACUUUAAGUUUUUAUUUUAUUUUGAAGUGCCUAGUUUAUAAAGUCAAAUGCUUUAUUUCUUUGUCUUGUAAGUUAACCAGCUUUGCUAACCCUAAAGCCCUGGGCUCAGUUGUGAUGACCUUACUAGACUCCUUGUUUUCUAAAAUGCCAGUCUGAUCAUACCUAGAGCUCAUCCUGUGAAUGAACGGUGGUACCAGGUCGCAUCACUUACUGAGGAGUCAGGCCUCCCUGGCUAGGGGAAGUAUUGUGUGUCUUCAGGAUGGGGAGGCUCUUUUUGCAGUUCUCAUUUCCAGAGAGGGCCUUUUUGAUUAGUGUGGGAGUGCGCUUUCUCUGGUUUGUCAUUUUAGGUAGCAGUUUUCAAGUUGACAGAUGUCGUAGAAAGUCUCAUACUGAGAGUGCAUUGCAGUUUUGAAAGUUGGCACUGCUUUUCUACUCCCCGGAGUGACUAGCAUCGGGUAUUUAAAAGUGAGAUCAUAAACUUCGUUGUUUUGCUUAUACAAAAUGAUAUCUUCUAAUGCUUAUAGUUGAAGGUAUUGUUUAAAGAAACAGCAGUCCCUGAUGGGGUAAAUUUGGUUUUGACCCCAGUUCUAAUGAUGUAUUUAGUUUGCUGAUGCUGGUGUCUCCUGCUGCAUCAGCUAGAUAUUGCCUGCCUCUUUGUUAGGCACCCUUGGGGCACCUUAUGUUCACCUUGAAGGAUGGUAUGUGGCUUCCUAGUGCCUCUACUGUCUUUUCAAAAGCCAUUUUAUAAAAAUCUUAGGUAGCCUAUUUUAAUAUUUAAAUAUAUAUAUUUGUGAAAGAUACUUUUAGAACAGACUUUUUUUUUAACAUUAAAAUUCCUGUAUUCCCAUUUAUAAGAGUAAACUAAAGUUUUUCCAGGCUUAGGAAGUAUCUUUUUUCAGAACUGUAAUAAGAAAGUCAGAUUGAGGUAAUAAACUGGAGAGUUCAAUGGUAGGGAAAAAGAUGUUUGUUGAGGGGAGACAAUUUUAAAGGUGAAAACAAUUGCUUUGAUGUAACAAAUUUUUAAAAUAAAAUUGUGGUUUAUUUCUGUAAUUUUGUAUUUGCUGCUAUAGUAGCUCACUAUUUUACAGGGCUAAUACAUAAAUCUGACCCCAUUUAAAAACUGGGGUCCUGUCUAAUACAGGCGGCCUAGAAAGAGACUGCACCAGUCUGCCAGACGGUGGCCGAGUGUUCUGUGAGGCUGAUGCAUGCUUUAGUAUUUGCCUGUAGCUGGCAGCACGGAGGUCAGGGAAACUUCCUACCCUGCCAGCUGGAGCAGUGGGACUCUUGGGGAGCUGGCAACUGUGAAACAGGCCAAAGAGGGCACUUGUGAGGAAAAGCUGAAUUCAGUUACAUGAAUAGGCAUUUCCAUGUCCUCUACCCCUCUCCUAGAACAGUACUACUCUCCCCUGUGCCAGUCCCCAGUUCACCAGCUUUGUACCAGUUGUCGUCAUCUCAUUCAAGUAUAGCUUUACUUGGUGACAGUGGCCAUAGCUAAAUUACUUGGCAUGUUUGACUUCCUACAAUAACAAAAUGGUCUUAAACUUUGUUUUGUUUGAUUUCCUUAAAAAAUGUAUACGGUGUCAUAACUUCACAUUUUAUAUAUUAGUAUCUGGCUAUUAGUAUUUUACAGAAACCAUGGUUCUUGGUGACUACAUAUAUAUAUAUAUAUUUUUGUGACUUUUGUAAACUAAGUGCCGUUUCAAUGUUACAAUCAUUUUUAGAGUUAUUGUAAUCAAUGUGAAUAUCAUGUUUUUUCAAAUCUGUUCUGAGCCUAGUGUUUGCUUUGUGAAAAUAAUGUGUAUUGUAUAUAUUCUGUAUAGUUAAUACUGUACUGAAAUAUUAGCUUGUUUGAUAUGAGAAAAGUAUGUAUUGAUUACCUUUUUGCUAGCCUGAUUGCUUAAUCUUUUUUAAAAAAGAUUUAAACUUUUGUUUUUUAAAUCUUUAACUGACCUUUAUUACAUGGUCACAAAUAAGUUACAGUUAGAAGGGAUGGACAGGGAAAAAAUUAGUCUUGAGUGUCUUUGGAUAGAAACAUGAGACUAAGAUUUGUUUUUGUUUUUCCUCAUUAAAAUAUCUUACUGGUGUUUUAUGAAA